AUGGCAGACAGCGAUACUUUCAUCCCAGCGCUUCACAAACCAUCAAGCUUGUUGCCCAUCGCCCGUCACCGCGAUGCACUACUAUAUACGAUCGAGAAAUAUCCCAUCACCAUCCUGAUCGGCCAAACAGGUUCUGGAAAGACUACCCAGCUACCACAGUACCUAGAGCAAGCCGGAUGGUGUAGCGAUGGCAGAAUUAUCGGAAUCACUCAGGCAAACGAUGAACAGCCUCGUCGAGUAGCCGCAACCACAGUCGCAAAGCGUGUUGCAGACGAGAUGCGAUGUCAGAUUGGGCAGGAAGUAGGCUACAGUAUCCGCUUCGAGGAUGUAACCUCUGCAUCGACCAAGAUUAAGUUCUUGACCGAUGGUCUGCUUCUGCGCGAGGCGCUGGUAGAUCCUCUGCUCAGUAGAUAUAGCGUAAUCAUGGUCGAUGAGGCGCACGAGCAAAGUCUGAGCUCGGAAGUUCUGCUAGGUGUGCUGAAGAAGAUUCGGAAGAAGAGGCCAGAGUUUAGGAUUGUGGUUAGCUCGGCAACUUUGCAGGCUGAGGACUUCUUGAAGUUCUUUGCCGGUGAUGAGGUAACUAACAGUAUCGACUCGGAUGCGGAUGACACUGUAGGCCGCAUCAUUAGCAUCGAAGGCCGUGCCUUCCCAGUAGACACACAUUACCUCAGUGAGCCCUGCGAAGACUUCCUGGAACGUGCUGCACAGACUGUAUUCGACGUUCAUACCACGGAGCCAGAAGGCGACAUCCUCAUCUUCCUCACUGGCCGCAGCGACAUAGAUACUAUGCUACAAAUGAUUGCAGACCGAGUCCCUUCUCUGCCACGAGAGGCCGACAAGAUCCUGUCUCUUUCGUUAUACGCCGGCCUGACGACGGAGGAGCAGAUGUACAUCUUCGAGCCUGCACCAGAAAAUCACCGGAAAGUCAUUUGCGCAACCAACAUUGCGGAGGCAAGUGUCACCAUCGAUGGCAUUGUGUACGUGAUCGAUUGCGGCUUCGUCAAGCUACGCGCAUACAAUCCGAUCACCGGCAUUGAAACGUUGACCGCCACUCCGGUCUCGAAGGCAUCGGCCACACAGCGGACUGGCCGAGCAGGCAGGACAAAGGCUGGCAAAUGCUACCGCUUGUAUACUGAAGCUGCGUAUGACAUGCUGCCGGAAGCCACAGUACCAGAGAUACAAAGGUCAAACCUGGCGCCUACGAUAUUGCAGCUCAAGGCGUUGGGUAUAGACAACAUCGCACGAUUCGAUUUUCUCACACCACCUCCCGUAGAGCUCAUCACCCGAGCUCUCGAGCUGCUGUACUCGCUAGGCGCACUAGACGACUAUGCGAAGCUCACAGCCCCACUCGGUACUCGCAUGGCCGAGCUAGCACUCGAGCCGAUGCUGGCAAAGUGCCUGCUCUCGGCCCCGGCGUUCGGCUGCUUGAGCGAAAUGCUAAGCAUAGCCGCCAUGAUCAGCCUCCAAGGCAACGUCUGGUUCACGCACGACAGCAAGAAGCAAGAAGAAUCCGCCAGGAGGAAGUUCGCGGUCGAGGAAGGCGAUCAUCUCACAUUACUAAAUGUCUACAAUAGUUUCGUAACCAAAGGGAAGAAAGACCCAAAAUGGUGCCAGCAGCACUACCUUAACUUCAAGAGCAUGACCCGAGCAGUUAGCAUACGCAACCAACUCCGCCGCUACCUCGAACGCUUCGGCAUCGACGUCACCGAGACUCUGGGCAGUAAUGCCAACCACACAACUGUGCUCAAAGCCGGCGGACGGCCAAUCCAAGAACGUAUUCGUCGCUGUCUGACGGCGGGAUAUUUUGCUCAAGCGGCUAGGAUGCAGGCGGAUGGGACAUUUCGUCUGGUUAGCGAUGGUGGUGGGAUGGUGUUGCAUGCGCAUCCUAGUAGUCUGUUUUUCAAUCGGAAAGCGGAUUGGGUGGUCUUUACGGAGGUUAUGGAGGUGGGGGAGAAGUGUUUUAUUAGGGAUGUUUCCGGGAUUGAGAAGGGGUGGUUGAUGGAGUAUGCGUCGCAGUAUUAUGGUGUUAGAGAUUGA